CCUUCGUGCAGCCAUGACGAGCGUCUGCGUUACGGGCGCCUCCGGCUUCAUCGCCAGCCACAUCGUUGCUCAGCUGCUCGAAAAGGGCUACACCGUCAAAGCCACGGUGCGGGACGCCUCCGACGCAAAGAAGACGGCCCACCUCACGAAUCUCUGCGGCGCGGCCGAGCGCCUCCAGCUCUUCAGUGUCAACCUGAUGGGCGAGCCCGACCGCUUCGACGAGUGCAUCGCUGGCUGCGUGGCCAUCUUCCACACAGCCACGCCGGUCGUGAUGGGCGCCGGUGCUGACGGGAAGGCGCAGAUCUACGAGCCGGCGAUGAAGAGCACAGAAGAGUUGCUCACGGCGAUCACCAAGGCCGGCACGAUCAAGCUCUUCGUCUUGACUUCAUCCAUGUCCGCGGUGGCGCCGCAGCCGGAGCCCGCCGUCAAGACGGAGGAGCACUGGAGCGACGACGCCGCGCAAGAGGCCAAGAACAACUGGUAUGGCUGCACCAAGACGCGGCAGGAGAAGCUGGUGCAGGCGACGCUCGCGGGCUCGGGCGUGCGGUACGCUGCGAUCUGCCCGACGGGCGUGUUUGGCCCGAUGCUGCAGCCUUCGGUCAACGCGACGAUGAAUUGGGUGGCGAGCAUGACCAAGGGGCCGAAGAAUGGCAAGUGCGGCAACGACUCGAUGUCUUUCGUCGACGUGAGGGACUGUGCCGCGAUGCACGUGGCGGCUCUCGAGAAGCCGGAGGCGGCGGGGCGGUACAUUUGCGUGGCCGGCACCGCCACCGAGCGCCGGACAGAAGGAGGUGCGGUCGUGUACGCAUCGACCCACUGGAACGACGUGUACACCAUCGUGCGCGAGAUCUGCCCGCAGAUGCCGCCCUUCGAGCCGUGCGACGGCGAGCCCGUGGUGCGCGCCCAGCACGGAUACUUUGCCUUUGCCGAGAAGUGUGCGCCGAGAUCCGCCUCCCCGUGCCGGAAGGCGAGCGCGCUCGCUUUCGAUCAGGUGCCCACAUCCUUCGACCUGACCAAGAUGAACACGCUCCUUCCCGUGAGCGAGAUGCGAGGGGUGCGCCAGAUCCUCAGCGACGCGAUUGCCGACCUCAAGGCCAAGGGAGUGGUGCAGUGAGACUCGUCGCCGACUCGGCGAUUUUCAGGCGUUCAGCGGGGCUCGCCGUCUCGUCCUGCACGGGGCAUAUGGACAUAGGUCAACUGUCGUGUUCACGCUUGUUGGUUGAUUCUCGUUGUACAGUUUAGUUCGGUCUUAAUGCUUUUAUUGUGUUUUUU